AGCUUUUCCCCAAUAUCUUCUGAGUACUGUAUCAUCGCAGUUGAAGAUAAGCCAUUAUCCAAGCAAAAACAAAAACAACUGUCAAACGCAAGCAACAUGCCUAUCCCAAUAUUUCACCCUAAGGAGACCUCCUCGCAGUCAAGCGGCCCUCCCAAUCCAAAACCGGACUCUUCUAUUCCCGCACCGUCCGCCUCUCAAACUAGCACAAACCUACAUCCAGCAAGCCCAAGGACCGAGGCGCAAGAGGCCGCGGAUAGACUCUAUGAGGAGCGUCUGGAGGAGGAAUAUGCCAAGAGAGAGGGGGGCGCGUGAGGGAUGAUCUGAUAGAAAGGCUGCGGUGUGCGGGUAUGGGCGUUUGUAGGCGUUAGGACAUCAAGGGGGUCCAUAGUGAUGGGCUUGGGUCCUCCUCGUCGUAAUGAUCAAUCAAUACCACUUUGUUUGGAUUAUCAGACUUCUCUGGAGAAUGUGUCGUUACUCUGUUCAUGUUCAUGUUGCUAAUAAUAAAACAACGCCAAUGCCUACUCUAUACACCUC